AUGAUGACUGAUUACUUAAUUAAUAAGAUUGUUAUGAGUACUGGAAUUUCGAAUAAUAUGGGAAAUCAUAUUGUUAAAUGGUUAGAAUUAUAUCCCGGUGUACGCCCAAAAAUUGGAACUUUAGAUAUGCACUUUUUUACACCAAUUAUGCGUGAAUUACUAAGGUUAUGGGGUCUUGUAUCAGUAUCUAAGGAAUCACUUAUGUAUCAUUUAACUAAAUCAAAUGAUCCAAAGCAUCCUGAUAAUAAAGACGGUUUCACAUCAAAUGCUGUAGCUAUUUUAGUAGGUGGAGCACAAGAAGCACUCGACUCACACCCGGGACGUUAUAUUUUAACGCUUAAAAGACGCAAGGGAUUUGUUAAAUUGGCUAUUAGAACAGGUUCCCCAAUUGUGCCAUCAUUUUCAUUUGGAGAAGUUGAUAUAUUUGAUCAAGUUAAUAAUCCACCUGAUUCGUGGCUUAGACGUUUUCAGUCGUUAACUAAAAAACUUACUGGCAUUUCACCAUUAAUAGUGCUCGGACGUGGGUUUUUCCAAUAUACUUUUGGAUUGUUGCCACAACGUAAACAUAUCGUACAAGUUGUUGGAGCACCUAUUGAGGUUGUCAGAAAUAAUAAUCCCGAUCCUGCAUACGUAGAUGAAAUACAUCAAAAAGUUAUUGAUGCUCUAAAUGAUCUUUUUGAAACACACAAAGAAAAAUACAUUGAAAAUUGUAAAGAACUGCAUUUAGUCAUAACGUAA